UAUUUUUACUGCACUCUCUCUUUAUCUUCCCCGACAAGUGAUUUUGGGGAUAGUUCGAAACCCUAACUGCAAUUUAAGAUUGUUCUACUGCAAAAUUCCGUCCAGAAAGUUCAGCCUAGUGAAAGUGAAUUCGAGAACAUGAAACAGAACGUCUCAAAGGGUGGUCUAACCAUUUCUAGGCGCGUUACGCGAUCCACGACCACACUUGAUCGAAACUCAUUGACGCUUCCUGUUGAGAUCGUAACAGAGAUAUUCUCGAGGUUGCCUUUAAAGUCUAUAGCGAGAUGUCGUUGCGUAUGCAAGCUCUGGUCCUCCGUGAUUCGCAGUCAAGAUUUCACAGACUCCUUCUUCACCAAAUCUUGUUCUCAGCCUCAGCUUCUUUUAGCCUGCUCUGAUGUCCGCCGCGAGAUUCACUUCUUCUCGUCGCCUCAGCCUGAAAAUCAGGAAGACAACUCUCAUGUCGUUGCCACCAAUCAUAUUGCAUGUUUCCCACGUUACUAUAAACUAUUUGGUUGUACCAAUGGCUUCUUCUGUUACGGAGCUUACCAGGGCAAGAACAAACCAGUGCUUGUCACAGUGAUAUGUAACCCCAGCACAGGACAGUCCUUGACCUUACCAAGAUUGAACUCACAUAGAUUGGAAAGCUAUCUUGGAUAUGACCCCGUUGCGAAAGAGUUCAAGGUAUUGUCUGUAUGUGAUGGUAAGGAGUUCUAUGUUCUGACAUUAGGAACCAAGAAACUGUCAUGGAGGAAGGUGGUCGAAUGUUGCGUACGACAUUAUUCUUCUCGUAAGUGGAUAUGCAUCAGUGGCGUUCUGUACUAUAUAGCUAUAGAUUCUAGGUCUCCUAUAAUGGAAUCUAUUGUAGUUUGUUUUGAUUUGGCGACUGAAAAGUUCAGCUUUGUGGAGAGCUUGCCAUUAAAACUAGCACUGCCUCAUUCAACAACGCUGAUAAACUACGAUGGCAGAUUAGGUUUGCUUAUGUCGUCGGAAGAAACUUGUUAUGUUAGUCGAGCAUGUAAGAGUUUUAAGCUGCGGGUUCUUCGAGAUGCUGCAAAACAUGAGUGGUCUAAGCAUGUAUUCAUAUUACCAACACUGUGGAAGGGUGUGAUUGUGGACAGAAUGUGUCUUGCUGGAAUGGUUGGUGUAGAUGAAAUCGUCUUGACGCCCUGGUUCCAAGACGUGCCUUCCUAUGUCAUCUACUACAAUGUGAAGAGCAAGAAGAUCAGAAAAGUUGGUAUCCAAGGAAUGGAACCGCUUCAGGGUAAGAGGCUAAACACCUAUCUCAACUAUGUUGAGAAUGUGAAGCUUCUUUAAGCAUUUCAAGUGUAGUUUUCAUUUUGUUUGUUUCUUUUUUUUUUUCUUUCUAGCGUCUUGGUUUGAAAAUCAACCUCUUGUAGAAGAUUCAACAAGGGGAUUGAUGAUAGACAAUCUUCUUGUUAUAAAUGCUGUAAAUAGUUAAAUACUAAUCC